AUGAGUAUGAAUUAUGCAUCUGCGGCGCCUACGCAAAGGUCCACGUCGUUUUUUAUUGAGGACAUCUUAUUGCACAAACCUAAACCGCUGAGGGAGGUCAUCCCGUCGCCGUUCUGCACCUCCCUGGCCUCCCGGAUGCCCAUCCUGGAGUACGGAUACCCGCUGAUGCCAACCCCGAUCCUGGCUCCGCAUCCGCACCAUCCUCUACACAAACCGGAGCAUCACCAGUACUUCUUCACAUCUGGGAUGCAGAUGCCGGCCUUGUUCCAGCAUCACGCGGAGUUACCGGGGAAACACUGCAGACGCAGGAAGGCCCGGACGGUGUUCUCCGACUCGCAGCUGUCGGGCCUGGAGAAGAGGUUCGAAAUCCAGCGGUACCUGUCCACGCCGGAGAGAGUGGAGCUGGCCACGGCGCUCAGCCUGUCGGAGACGCAGGUGAAAACGUGGUUCCAGAACCGGCGGAUGAAGCAUAAGAAGCAGCUGAGAAAAGUGCAGGAUGAGCGGAAGACGCCUGGGGAUGUGGAACGGUCUGCGGAAAACUCCAGCGAGAGCGAACUGAACGACAAGAGCGCAGAGGAGCUGAAACACGGACUAGAGGCGGACUCGUACAUGCUGGAGGAAAACGACGAAGACGACGACGACGUGGACAUCGAGGACGACAUUUGUUCCCCGGAUCAUCUACUAUAG